GUGUCGGCUGAAACGCCGGUGGGGCUGCAAGUGCAGAGUGUUGAAUUAUCCGUGUUGUGUAUAAGUACCGUCAGCAUGGCAAGUGAGAGAAAACGGAGAAAAGUAAUUCACGCCGAGGGCCGUGCUAUCAUCGCUAAAGUUUUCCACUUUCUUAAAGAUGAAUAUAAGUUCACGGAACUUUAUAAAGAACCACAUUGUGAUUUGUCACAUUUGCGCAACAUAUCCAGGCGCACCGCGGAAGCAGUGGGCACAAGUCAAAGAACAGUACAGAAAAUAUUGCAAGAGGAAAGAAACCUUCCCAGUGGAUCUGAUAAAUUUCCAUCACCACUCAAAAACAGACAAAAGAGAGCCGGUAAAGUAGACAUCAACGAACGUAUAGCUUAUACCAUACGAAGCUCAAUACGUAAUUCUUAUGUCAAACUUAAACAAAUACCGACAUUGAAAAAAGUGAGACGGACCUUAAAUGAACAAAUCGGUUACGAUGCAUGCCUAGCAACGAUUCGUAAGCUAUUAUUAAAACUGGGCUACACGUGGACUAAGUCAGACACUGGUAGAAAAGUUUUGAUUGAGCGACAUGACGUCCAAAUGUGCAGAUUGCAAUAUUUGAAAAAAAUAACUGAAUACCGCUCCCAAGGUCGGCCUAUCGUCUAUACUGACGAAAGUUACGUCACGACGAAAAAUGUUAAAUGUGGCUCACGAGCCCCACACGUAGCUAGAUAUAUUUUAGCACACGCGGGAACUUCAGAUGGGUUCAUUGAGAACGCUUGUUUACUUUACCAAUCGCUUACACUUAGCGGAGAUGAUUAUUCAAAGAAGAACUUUGAUUUUUACCAAAAAUGGCUGGAUGAAAAAUUGCUACCAAAUUUACCGGAUCGUUCUGUGGUAGUCUUAGACAGCACAUCAUUCGAUAACAUUUUCGUGGAGACUCUGCCGACUAUGCAUGCAAGUAAAUCUGAAAUGGAGGAAUGGUUGUCGUCCAAGAACAUAUCUUUCGAAGCAAACUUACGCCAAAUUGAGUUAUACGACAUAAUAAGACAGAACAAAAGAGCUUUUACUACAUACAAAAUCGAUAACUACAUCAAGAGUAAGGGGUUCGAAGUACUGCGCCUGCCUCCACACCACCCUGAGCUCCACGCCAUAUUGAACAUAUGGGACACCGUUAAAAGCAAUAUCGUUACCGUCGACCAUGAUGUAGCUUACACGGAAAAAAUUAUUCGCCAUGGUGUUGAAAACAUAACUUGUGAUACAUGGCGCAAUACCUGCGACACAGUGAUUAAGAAAGAAAAUGAAUAUAUGGAGUACUUUGACACGGGAUUUGUGUACAUAGCCAUGUUGCAAGACGAAAGUGAGGGAGAAACGGCAUCUGAACCUACUGAAUCUGAAGGUGACGCUAGUGAAGCGAGCGACAGUGACGAGUCAACUUUUGUGGAUGAGUAAUUAAAUAAAUAAG